GAUCGCUGAAUCUCUCGACGACCGUCUAUCGCGAGCAGACUUUUUCUCUUAUCCGUUUCAUUACGUGUUUAUUCAUCGGGAAUCUUUACUCUCAUACGCAACGAACCAUGCGGUUCGAAAAUCGCGCCGUUCUGGCCGCGCUCCUCGUAGCCGUCGCCGGCUCGUUCGCCGCGGCUGAAAAUACUCCCACGGGACGAGUCUUCACGAUAUGCGUGCCCGAAGUCUACUGGGAGGAGUGCGCGGAAAUGAUCAAGGAUUCGGCCGUGAAAGGAAUACCCAUCUCCUGCAUUUCCGGCCGCGAUCGAUUCGAGUGCAUCGAGAGAGUCGGUAAAAAGGAGGCGGACGUGGUGGCGGUCGAUCCGGAGGAUAUGUACCUGGCCGCAAAGGACAACGAGUUGGCUGCGAAAGCCGGCUACAGCAUCGUCGAACAGGUGAGAACGAAGGAGGAACCGGACGCGCCGUACCGUUACGAGGCCGUGGCCGUGGUGCACAAGGAUCUCAACAUCAACAACGUGCAAGGCUUGCGCGGCUUAAAGUCCUGUCAUACCGGAAUCGGUCGCAACGUGGGUUACAAGAUACCGAUCACCAAACUCACCGCCAUGGGAGUGUUGCACAACCUGCACGAUCCAGAGUACUCGGCGCGCGAGAACGAGCUCCGUGCGUUGAGCUCGCUAUUCUCCAAGGGAUGCUUGGUCGGCACCUGGUCCCCGGAUCCCGCGAUCCACCGUAGACUGAAACAAACCUACUCGAAUAUGUGCGCUCUCUGCGAGAAACCGGACGUCUGCGACUACCCGGACCUCUACUCGGGAUACGAGGGCGCGUUGCGAUGCCUCGCGCACAACGGUGGCGAGGUCGCCUGGACCAAGGUGAUUUACGUGAAACGAUUCUUCGGCUUGCCGGUCGGCGUCUCGCGCGCGGUACCAACCACCGAGAAUCCGGCCGAUUUCCGCUACUUCUGCCCGGACGGCAGCAAAGUACCGAUUGACGCGAACACGAAACCGUGUACCUGGGCCGCUAGACCUUGGCAAGGAUACAUGACGAACGGAGCCGUGCAGGACGUGCAAGCUGUGCAAAAGGAACUGACGGAUCUCGGUAAGUUGGGCGAGCAAGAAAAGGCAGACUGGUGGAAGGACAUCAUGUUACUGGACGAGAAGACUUUGGCUGUUGCCGCGCCUCCGAUACAGCCCGAACAACAUUUGACCAACUCGAAAUAUCUGGACGUGAUCGAGCGGAACUCCGGAGCGGUGGGCAAGAGCGCACGCUGGUGCGUCUGGGACCAAGGCUCGCUCGAAAAGUGCCGCGCUCUCGCCAGAGCCUCCUUCUCGAGAGACGUCAGACCGAAACUCGAGUGCAUGCUCCAAAAGACUCAAGACGAGUGUCUGAAAUCGAUCAAGGAUGGCAACGCGGACCUGACGGCCAUCGAGGGAGGCUCGGUGGCUCGAGCGAUCAAGGACUUCAACGCGUCGCCUAUAAUCGCGGAAUCGUACGGAAAAGGCUCGACCGAAUUUAGCGAGAGACCUGCCGUGGCGGUCGUCCGAAAGUCUGCUUCGAUCAGCAAACUGGACGAUCUGAGGGGCAAGAAAUCGUGUCACAGCGGAUACAAGGGAGACUUCGCCGGCUGGGCGGCUCCGGUGCACGCCUUGAAGGACAAAGGUCUGAUCGCUUCGGAAGAGGAAGUAGCCAACUUCUUCUCGGGAUCGUGCGCCCCGGGCGCCCCUGUCGACUCCACCCUCUGCCAACAAUGCGUUGGAAGCAUGGCGGCCAACGAUGAACGAGUUCGAAGCGCGACCAAGUGCAAGCCUAACGAAGCGGAACUUUUCCGAGGUGGUGAAGGAGCCCUCAAGUGUUUGUUGAACGGUAAAGGAGACGUAGCGUUCCUACCAUUGCCCGCUCUACUCGCCCAGGAAGAAAACAAAACGUUAACCGAGGACUUGAAAUUACUCUGCCCCGACGGCGGUCUCGCCCCCAUCAACGAAUGGCAACGAUGCAACCUGGGCAUGGAUCCACCCAGGGUGAUCGUCACUUCCGCAGCCAAGACCGUGAACGCCCGGGAAGAACUAACUCACGGCACCUUAGCCGCCAGCACGCUUUACUCUAAACGACCGGAUCUGUUGCACCUGUUCGGCACUUGGGCCGGUCAGCCUAACUUGCUAUUCAGGGACGACGCAAAAGGCCUGAUGUCGGUGAAUCAGUCGUGGAACAAGUGGAACGACUGGCAGGAGACCGAACGAAACUAUGGUACAGCUUAAAAUGGUGUGCUGCAAACGGUUUGGAAAAUCGACGACGAAAAAGGAUGCGACGUCGCAGUUGUAAUUAUGCAAUAAAGUACCAAGUAGAGCAAACAA